GGCGGCGGCGGUUCCAGCAUGAAGAGGAGAGCUGGCCUGGGGGGCAGCAUGAGGUCAGUGGUGGGCUUCUUGUCCCAGCGGGGCUUGCAUGGGGACCCCCUGCUCACUCAGGACUUUCAGAGGAGACGCCUGCGGGGCUGCAGAAACCUCUACAAGAAGGACCUUCUCGGCCACUUCGGCUGUGUCAAUGCCAUUGAAUUCUCCAACAAUGGAGGCCAGUGGCUGGUCUCAGGAGGAGACGACCGCCGAGUUCUGCUAUGGCACAUGGAACAAGCUAUCCAUUCCAGGGUCAAACCCAUACAGCUGAAAGGGGAGCACCAUUCCAACAUUUUCUGCCUGGCUUUCAACAGUGGGAACACCAAAGUAUUCUCCGGAGGAAAUGAUGAGCAAGUCAUCCUCCAUGAUGUUGAAAGCAGUGAGACCCUGGAUGUGUUUGCUCAUGAAGAUGCAGUAUAUGGCUUGUCAGUGAGCCCAGUGAAUGACAACAUUUUUGCCAGCUCUUCAGAUGAUGGCCGGGUUCUCAUUUGGGAUAUCCGGGAGUCUCCCCAUGGAGAGCCCUUCUGCCUGGCAAACUAUCCAUCAGCCUUUCACAGUGUCAUGUUUAACCCUGUGGAGCCCAGGUUAUUGGCCACAGCCAAUUCAAAGGAAGGAGUGGGACUCUGGGACAUUAGAAAGCCUCAGAGUUCUCUCCUGCGCUAUGGUGGCAACCUGUCUCUCCAGAGCGCCAUGAGCGUGCGAUUCAACAGCAACGGAACCCAGCUCCUGGCACUGCGCCGCCGCCUGCCUCCUGUCCUCUACGAUAUCCACUCACGCCUGCCAGUGUUCCAGUUCGACAAUCAGGGUUACUUCAACUCUUGCACUAUGAAGAGCUGCUGUUUUGCAGGGGAUCGUGACCAGUAUAUCCUUUCAGGCUCUGAUGACUUCAACCUGUACAUGUGGAAGGUCCCUGCAGAUCCAGAAGCCGGUGGCCUUGGCAGGGUGGUCAAUGGAGCCUUCAUGGUGCUGAAAGGGCAUCGGUCCAUCGUUAACCAGGUCCGCUUUAACCCCCACACCUAUAUGAUCUGCUCUUCUGGUGUGGAGAAGAUUAUCAAGAUCUGGAGCCCAUACAAGCAGCCAGGAUGUACAGGAGACCUCGAUGGUCGGAUUGAAGAUGAUUCCCGCUGCCUCUACACCCAUGAAGAGUACAUCAGCCUUGUACUGAACAGUGGGAGUGGCCUGUCCCACGACUACGCUAACCAGUCGGUCCAGGAAGACCCCCGGAUGAUGGCUUUCUUUGACUCUUUGGUGCGCCGUGAAAUCGAGGGCUGGAGCUCAGACUCAGACAGUGACCUCAGCGAGAGUACUAUCCUUCAGCUGCAUGCGGGCGUCAGUGAGCGCUCUGGCUACACUGACUCGGAGUCCUCAGCCUCACUGCCCCGCUCCCCACCUCCCACAGUGGACGAGUCUGCUGACAAUGCCUUCCACCUGGGGCCCCUGCGAGUCACCACCACAAGUGCAGUGGUAUCAACCCCAGCAACGCCAACAUGUGAGGAUGCGGCCUCUCGACAGCAGCGCCUGUCCGCUCUGAGGCGCUAUCAGGACAAACGCCUCCUGGCCCUGUCCAAUGAGUCUGAUUCUGAAGAGAAUGUUUGUGAGGCUGAACUGGACACAGAUCUCUUCCCUCGGCCACGGUCACCCAGCCCUGAGGAUGGAUCUAGCAGUUCCAGCAGCUCCACUAGCUCUGAGGAUGAAGAAGAACUGAACCAACGCCGAGCCAACACCCGGCAGCGAAACGCCAUGCGGAGGCGACAGAAGACAGCCCGGGAAGAGCGGCCCAAUGCUCCAGUCAAAUCCACCAACACCUACAUUGGAGAGGACAAUUACGACUACCCACAGAUCAAGGUAGAUGACCUCUCCUCCUCCCCAAACUCCUCCCCUGAGCGUAGCACUUCCACUCUGGAUAUUCAGCCAAGCCGGGCACCACCAGCUGCCAACAUGGAAUCAGUUGAGCGUAAGAUUUAUAAAGCUUACAAAUGGCUCCGCUACUCCUACAUCUCUUACUCAAAUAACAAAGAUGGGGAAACCUCCCUAGUGACAGAGGAAGCAGAUGAAGGAAGAGCAGGAACCAGCCACAAAGACAACCCAACCCCUUCUUCCAGUAAGGAAGCCUGUCUAACAGCCACAACCCAGAGGAGCCAGGACCAGUCUCCUGAGGGCUGCAGCAGUGAUGCUUGCAAAGAAGGGACGUCUGCUAGAAAUCCCAACAGCGGUGCAAGCCACGAGCACAGCGGCCAUCCUUGGGCAGAGGUGCCAGAGGGCACCUCUCAGGAUGCUAACAACAGUGGCUCUCUGGAACACUCUUUUGAAACCAAGAAGCUCAAUGGAAAGGCUCUGUGCAAGGCCCUGAGCAGUCGGGCUGAGGAGCCAUCCUCCCCUCCUGUCCCCAAGGCAUCGGGCUCCACUCUCAACAGUGCAUCUGGCAACUGUCCCAGGACCCAGUCUGAUGACAGUGAGGAGAGGAGCCCUGACACCGUCUGUGCCAACCACAACAAUGGACGCUUGCACCCCAGACCCCUUCACCCCCACAACAAUGGGCAGAACUCUGGGGAGCUGGAGUCAGUGGCCUGCUCUUCCCCAGGACACCUAGACACUGACCAUGAUAGCCCAUCCCUGACAGGGACACUCCUACACAAAGAUUGUUGUGGGUCUGAGAUGGCCUGUGAGACCUCAACUGCUGGAAUGAGAGAGGACCCCACUGACCCCUCAGCCAUGGACAGCAGCAAGGUUGUUCAUGGCCAAAGUGGCCUCAAAAGGCACCGAAUUGAAUUGGAAGACACAGAUUCAGAGAAUUCCUCCUCAGAGAAGAAAUUAAAAACAUGAUAAAUACAAAGGGAAAACAAAAGCUACAAAAAGUAGCCUUACAAAAUAAUUUUUCUUGUUUAGUGAACACAGAGGAAAGGAAAAGUAUUAAAGGCACAUAAAACCAGGGCCUGAAAUGUGUCUGCUGCUGCUCCUUCUGUUAGCCACUCACCAGUGGUCGGAUGUCUAGCUGGCACUGCCUCGUGCUCUGCUGAGAGCACUGCCAGCAGCUCUUCUCUAGUGAGAUGUAGCAUAGCAUCCCUGUGCAGGUUCUGUUACGAUGAGCCCGUCUUGGGACAUUCGGCUUGUUCUGUGUGUGUGUGCCCACCGGCACAUGUGGGCUUGUUGUCUUAGGAGACCUUUCUUUUAACUGUCCAUCAGCAAAGACCUGUGAAUCUGUAGCUUUUGCCGUCACACCUGUUCAUUGUUCACAUGACAUGGUGUCCUGGUCGUAACAGAGUGUCUCUUAGAUCAGAGUGUGCUGCAGUGACUUGUGGAUUUAUGUAGCAGAAAGGAGAUGCAGAUGAAAGAGGCCUUCCUUCAGCUCAUUGGCUGUGCUGAAGAGGAAAACAUGGUUCCUUUUUUAAAUGCUCCAUGUUUUCUCCAGCUCACAUAUCACUGAGCAUUUACUGUGGCUCUAAGUGGAACGUUGCUCUUGCUAAUAAGAGGCUGACACUAGAGCUCAGAUCCUGGUAGUGUCGCUGUGUACAGAAGGGGCAGAGCUAUGAUACGUGCUGUGAGGUGCCCGUACAAUGACUAGUGGACAACACAACUUUAAUCAUUUAGGUGCUGGGUUCCUAAGAGGCACUCAAGGCCAGCAGGUGCUUCCUUGGCUCCAGGUAAUGGAGUCCAGGCAUACUGAAAGAAGAAAGGUCCCCUCGCUCUAAUAGAAGAAUGCUAAUGAGUUGUAGUGAAGAGCAGAAUGUGGUACUGUAUUCUAAUCCAGUGCCAAUCUAUCAGUCAGAAAUGGGGGCCAGCACCUUCCCUCAGGUGUGGAGUAGUCAGAGCUGUGGGUUCCACCUGAACUUUGCAGAAUAGUAACUUCUGUUAGGAGACAGGGAGUAUGGAGAGAAGUCUCUGGUUUGUGUGUCCUGGCUCCCAGAAGACAUUCUGUGCUGUUGAAGUAGGUAACAGUGGAGAGAAGAAAAUAUCACAUUUCCAGUGUGUAGUGGUGAUCGUAGUCCCUGAGUUGUCAAUGAAGGGUCGUGCGAGGCAGGAAGACCUAAGGAUGCUCCAGUGUCUUGGUGUAGAUGGUAAAGCAAGAGGAAGGCAGAAGUGGAACUUUGGGUGCAGAGGUGCUAGGCAACAGAGGGAGGGCUCAGCACGAGGCAGCCGUGGCCUCACGGACCCCCAGUUCCUCUCUGAGGAGGACCUGUCCUGCUGGAAUGGACCAAGAGAAGACCACCUGUGGAGGCUGAAGAAUGGAUACCCCUCAGUGCUGGGAGCCAGGGCCCUUGUAAAGGAAGGCGCUUGGUAAGAGCCAGGGGUGUGUGUCAUCUUUCUGAGCUUCGCAGAAGGGAGAUGUGCCUAGUAUUUGUGUGUGUGGCUGAAGUGUAGAAGCACGGUUUGGAAAGGAGAGGAAGGCGCCUGAGUAGGGCGGGGGUGCAUACAGUCAGCUGCUGGACUCUUCCUGGGGAGCGGGACAGUGACUCUGUAACCAACCUUAGAAUCACUUUAGAUUUGUAAUCAAAAUGGUUCUAUGAUUUACCUUUUGACUAUUCGCAGAUAAUUGUAAAUUCUGGUUUUAUAAGCCCAAGUCAUUUUACAUUUGCUUUUUCAAAAUUAUUAAAUUGGAAUUUUUUAAUCCUUUAUAUACAAAAAAAGAGUUAUAAGCACUCAGUGUGUGUCUCUCUUCCCCUUAGUCAGCUUACCUGGUUCUUCUGUUCUGUUUUACUUUAAUCAGAUAGAUUCACAUUAUCUUCCUGGAGGAAAAAGAAAGCAAAAUUAGCUAUUGAUAAUUAGUUUCCAAAUGCCAAGAGUGGUCUUUCAUUGCUAAAAGUUAUCUCAUUUGGGUAUUCAAAAACAUUCAAAAAGUCAGUUAGUUUGUAACUGUAGACACCGAUAAAGGUCAUCCUUUGCAGGAUGCUACCAGUGCCAUAAGUUUGGGUUGUCAGGAGAUGGGCCCUAAAAAAUGACCAGAGCAGGACAGAAAGGGAUGCUUCUUUUAGCCAGUCUACACCCACUUCAGAGCUCUUGUGUUGUGUGGUCCUGGUAUUGGAAUCCUGGCCAGAACUACUUCACAGCCCCUUUGCCUAAACCAUUGUGGAAGCCAGGCCUCCCAUGUUGAAGACAUUUUAAUCCCCAAAUUCCCCCAUGAUGUCUGUUUUCCCUAGCAGCAGAGGGCACUGAUCAGAUGGAUUUUGUUCCUGCACCCUGUACAUAAUGUUUUGAGUGGCAGGUCCAGGGACGUGAGACCGUUGCUCUUCCCUUUGUUUCUCUCCUGGUUUUGUAAAUGAUUCUCAACUGAUAUAUGAGUUCAAUGAGCUGUUGGCUUGAGGCAAAUGAAGUUUGCAACUGUGCUGAUUUAAUAGGAGUCUCGUGUUGUCUGUCAAGGUGCCUUCCUCUGCUGAAGCCUUACCUCUUCGCAGCCCUGCCUCUUCUUACCCAACAAUGCUGACUCUUCUCUGUGUAUAUGCAAAUAAACCUAUUAAUCACUUCC